AUGGGACCCUAUACGGACAUAUAUUCAUUCUUUGCCGAUGAGAGAUUCUCUUGUCUGGAUUAUCUACAUGACUCGGAGCUUGAUACAGCCAGUCGCUCUCGCGUCUGCGAGCAGAUGGACGACAUCCUGGACUUAUUCUUUCGAGUGACACAAUGUACAUACCUUCGUUUCGAGAAGGAUACGCAUUUACGGAAGGAGCUAUGGGAGUGGGCAGAGAAAGAAUUGACUCAAGCCACCUCAUAUGACAUAGAGGCUCUCAAUCCUGUCCUCGAAGCGGCCGCAUCAUUCACCGAGUCUUGUUACCCUCUAGCCUCGAAUGAGAUGAGGUUUUCCAUGUCCAAGGGAACAGCAUUCAUUGUGGCGUUGGACAGUUACCUGGUCCACUCAAAUGUGAAAACGAACCUCGCGGAAUCCCAAAACCGUCUCAACGCUGGCCUCGAGCCCCUCGAUACCUUCUCAGCGGCCUACUCCACUUUCACAAAGAGCGUUGCUCAAAUGUAUGGCUCAAGCAAUCCAUUGGUUGGCACACUUGCCGCUAAUGGAUGGAAUCAGCACGUCGAGGGCUGGUGUUUGGAAGAACAGAUGCAAGAGGCGUAUAAAUACACACAAUCGGGUGGAAGCGCCUCCCAAAGUCUCCGCAUAUGUCAUUUGGAAGACUUCCCAUACUAUCUCCGAUCCAUUACUGGUGUACCCAUUCCGUAUAUUACCGGAAUAUUCAAGCCAACCCGGGAGUUGGAGGUUCCGUACACGCUUUGGAUGUCUUGUUUCCCCGCACUAAAGGUUUUCGCUUGUCUCACCAAUGAUUUGUUUUCGUAUCCGAAGGAAUUGGUUGGCGGCGAAGAGUUUAAUUACAUGAACAUCCAAACCAAAACAAAACAAGACGCGGGAUGUAAAUCUCAAUUUGUGGAGAACAUGCCGUGGACCUUCAGGGAUACUUUGUACGAAGCUGUGACUCGUGCGUCCAAUUGUGUGCAUGCGAUAGACGAGGUCUUUCUUCCGCAGCGCUCCGGGUCUAAACCAGGGGGGCCCGGUCGGGGUCUUGACUAUGAGUUUCAGUUGGCGGCUACUUUGUGGUCACUAUUUAAGCAAGGAUACAUUUCAUGGCAUAUUCGGUGUCCUCGAUAUAAGCUUGAGAGUCUCAAAUCUCGCUUUGAAAGUUCUGGGCAGGUUUUCUGA